AUGGCAUUCCCAUCACAUAUUCAACUUUCUUGUCUCUCAAUUAUCACAUUUUACAUUUUUCUCGCAACUUCUUAUGCAACUGCACUAAACUUCAAUAUCGCCAAAAUCGGUCCCAAAAAUCUCAACGUCGACAUAACCACCAGUGGAGACACAUACAUCUCCUCCAAUGGCAUCCACCUCGCGGCGGACAAGUACGAUACCAACUUAAAUUCCAAAGCCGGCAAAGCCACCUACGUCAAACCGCUGCACCUCUGGGACAGUUAUUCCGGCAAGUUGACCGACUUCACCACCUAUUUCUCCUUCGUGAUUGAUUCGGAUGGAAAUUCAACUUUCGGAGAUGGGCUUGCAUUCUUCCUUGAACCUUCCGGUUCCAGCAGCACCGCAGGCACCACUACAGGCGGUGCCAUUGGGCUUCCAAUCGAUCGAUCGACAUUGGAAGCCACUAGCCCAUUUGUCGCUGUGGAGUUUGAUACGUUUCAGAAUUCUUGGGAUCCACAAGACAUCACUCCUGUUACUCAUCUAGGUAUCAAUAUCAACUCCAUUAAGUCUAAUGUGACUAAGGUAUGGUACAAUGACAUACCUGAUGGGAUAGAAAAUGAAGCUGUGAUUAGUUAUCGCUCUAAGUCGAAAAAAUUGAGUGUUGUUGUCACUAACACUAUCAAUAAUGUCAUAGUCAGACAAGACCUUUCUUUUAUGGUUGAUUUAAAGGACUACUUGUCACAAUGGGUUACAUUCGGCUUCUCGGCUGCAACUGGUACAUGUUUUGAAAAAAAUAUUGUUAAAUCGUGGAAAUUUAAUUCGAGUUUUUAAAUUUGAGAAAAACAAAGUAAAUGUUAUAGCCCCAAGGGCACAAGGUAAUCUUGGAUUUGAAUAAGG